UAAUGAACUUGCUCAUGCCUGGGCGCAAGUUCCGGUAGAUGUUAAAGCGCCUUGUAAUAUUUGUAAGAAUGAUAACGAAAAUUGGAGAUAUGUUAACGGACAUAUGAAGGAGCAUAAUGAACAAACCGAUCAUAAAUUAACAAUUUCUUUCUCGGAUAUUUCCAUUUGGUGUUAUGCAUGUGAUGAUUAUGUGAUAAACCCGAUUCUCGAUCCAAUCAAAUCAUCUGUACAUUUUGCCAAAUUUGGAACUUUGCCUCCAGAUGCUUACGGCAUCGUAGUUAAUGAAAAUGAUAAUGCAGGCGAAGGAAGUUCUGGAUCUUCAAAGAAUUAA